AAAAAAACAUUGCGUGGCGGUCAGUACAUUUUUCAUUUCGGGAAGAAAAAGCGAAAAUAUAAAUAAAUUUCCGGUAUGGGAUGUUUCGGUGGCAAAAGCAAGAAACAAGCCCGACCAGCAACGCAACCAAAGUGCCCACCGAAGCAGAAAGCGUGGACCGAGCGUGAAUGGAAAAUUCACGGUAAAUAUUUGGAGCAACUGGCUGUCCCGAAAAAAGACCUGCAAAACGAGAAAACCUUCCAGCAACCGACUCUGCCAAAGGUCCCCCUCAGUCAGCUGAAACCACGCAUGAAUACGUUGGCACGUCCAAAGCCAACCUUCGGUUCGCAUCAAACAUCGCACGUUUGUCCACUUGGCCCACAGAGCUGCCACUGCCAUGUGGCGGAUCCCCUCCGCACCAUUUCGCCCCUAGCCAAAAGCUACGUGCCAACCCAGCGGAUCAACCUAUUAAGCCAGCCGAAGCUCAACUAUCAGGAGGUUAUCCGGUGCUUUCCCAUGAAAAAGGUUAUGUGCAUCAACAAGCGGGUCAUCCAACCGCUGUCGCUCUACCGGACCAAGAAACUGGCGACGCCCAAAUAUCAGUAUCUCUGCACGCCGGAACACGACCCGUACCAGGUGAAACCGGAAGCACUGACCGCAGUGGCAACCAGACGGACGAUGCUGCUCGCCAUGCCGAAAACCUAUUCCUUCAUCGAGAACUAACUUUUUUUCUCGGGUUUUGCCAUACCAACAAGGAAAUUUAAUUAUGAAAACUAAAUAAACUCUUCCUGGUGAUUUCAA